UUCAAUUCCAAGUAGAACUGAAAAAUUAUUUGAUUUAAAAAAAAAAAAAAAAACUUUUCAUGAUGAAAAGCUAUUUUUUGACGUUUCUUUUAUUUGCUGGUCUGUUUUUGGUAGUAUCAACAGCUCCCACCAAAAAUGAAGCUUCUCAAUUAGUUGAGAUUGGUGCUAAUAAUGUUUUUGGGAUGAAGGAAUUUGGAGAAGGAAGUAGAGUUUCAAGAAACGCUGGGCCUGGUGGUGCUGAUAAAGAUGAUGAUGAUAGCGACGAUGAUAGCGACGAUGAUGAUGACGAUGAUAAUCAUGGAAAACCUAAACGGUCUCCUCAGUCUGAUGAGUCAGAUAGUUCUUCAUCAGAAGAAAAUUAAAGACGAUUGUGAUGAUGAUGACAAUACAAUCACUUUAAAUUCAUAACAUAAAGUUUUGUAUAACUGAAUAUUAAAAAAAUUAAUUAUAUUAUUUGAUUGUUCUUUUCCCUUCCGUAUAAAAUUAAAAUUAA